AAGCAGGCGAUUUUCAGAAAGGCAUAACCGGUAAAGUCAGGGAAAGUCAUCGAUUACGUCGAGUUUGGCAGUGAAAGAGGUAAAAGCCACUGUCAGGAUGAUGGGCGAAACCCAGUCACGAAAUCUGGUGUCCAAGAAAAACCUGAUCACAGAAGAUUACAGGAUUUCGAAAAAUGUGUUAGGUCUAGGAAUCAACGGAAAAGUGGUGGAGUGUUUUUCUAAACAGACGGGAGAGAAAUUCGCGUUGAAGGUUUUGCGGGAUGCACCAAAAGCACGGAGAGAAGUGAGUCUGCACUUUCGAGCGUCAGGAUGUAAGCACAUUGUCCGGAUUGUAGAAGUCUAUGAAAAUAUGUAUGGAGGACAAAAGUGUCUUUUGGUGGUAAUGGAAUGUAUGGAAGGAGGUGAAUUAUUUGGAAGAAUACAGGAAAGAGCAGACCAACCCUUUACAGAAAGAGAAGCAGCAGCAAUAAUAUAUGAUGUGUGUCAGGCCAUUUUACAUCUACAUUCCAUGAAUAUAGCCCAUAGGGACUUGAAGCCAGAAAAUUUACUGUACUCAAAACAAGGUCCAGAAGGAAUUCUCAAAUUAACCGAUUUUGGGUUUGCCAAAGAAAUUACAAGCACAAAGGCUUUACAAACACCAUGUUACACACCUUAUUAUGUAGCACCAGAAGUUUUGGGGCCGGACAAGUAUGAUCGAUCAUGUGAUAUGUGGUCAUUAGGUGUUAUCAUGUAUAUAUUGUUGUGCGGUUAUCCCCCAUUUUACAGUAACCACGGCAUGGCAAUAUCACCAGGGAUGAAGAAAAGAAUUAGGAAUGGACAAUAUGAAUUUCCUCACCCAGAGUGGGAUAGAGUCUCACCUGCAGCAAAGGAUUUAAUCAAACGACUACUGAAGACAGACCCAGAUGAAAGGCUGGUUAUAACAGAGGUCAUCAAAACACCUUGGAUAGCAGAAUUCACAAAGGUACCUCAGACUCCAUUGUUAUCAGCAAAGGUUUUGAGAGAGGAGGAGGACCUGUGGGUGGAUGUUCAGGAGGAGAUGACCAAUGCCUUAGCAACAAUGAGAGUGGAUUAUGACCAAUGUGUUAUUAAACAACUAGAUGACUCUAACAAUCCAAUACUGAAGAAACGCCGAAAGAAGGAAGAGCCAGGUUCAGCUGUUUGAGGCUGACAAACUGUAGCAACGAAUGUUUUAAAUGACUUUGUUACAUACAAUAUAUAUAUAUGUACCCAAUUUAAAUAUAUAAAUAAGCAUAGAUCCCCAUAUAUUUUUUUUCUAUAUUGAAAAUAAAGUGUAGCCAUUGCAUGAGACCAGAGAGUUUGAGAAGUUAAAUUUUCGAAAUUUAUGUGGCAUUUGGUGAUACAUAUCACAUUGUCAGUAUGUGUUAGUAUACUGGCAAUGUUAUAAGUUGCCAAAUGUAUGUAGUCUUCUGUAAAAGCAUACUUCCCACAUCUGUGUGGUAUGUAAUUAAGAAUAUAUGCCAUAUAUCAUUAACUCUGUGACGUAUUUGUUGCUGUGGACUUUUGCAUUUCACAUUUGACUACACUUGCACGUGCAUGUACUUGGACAUUGUGUUGGAUUGUGAAGAGAGGCUCAUUUCAUAAGUGUGCUUUGAUACUUGCAUCCCACAAGUGUCACGUGAUGUAGGACAGAAUGCAAGUGAUAAAGCUCACAUGUACCUGAUACAUUUUCACCUGCACGGGUCUCUCAGAAAAUUGCAACUUUCAUGCAGUACAUUAGCUUAAUUGUAAAUAGGCUGUAUCGUGAAUGUCAUGAAAUCUGAUUGUCAGAUCGGUCAAGUGAUGUAUUAUUACUGGAUCAACAUAUAGGGUAUACGUUAUUGGUAUGUUGCAAGAUAAAAUUAUACUAAUACUUCAUGUUAUGACACGUUAUGACUUUAUGUGUAAUAAGUCCAAUUUAUGCAGAUUAUUUUUACUUUGCAUGAAGCGUUUCUACGUAUUAUAUAUGUAUGUGUAGGUGUAAAGUUUGUGCACACACUAUUUACCUCCAUUUAAGUGAAUGUAUGGGUUUUACUCGUCAUGUCAACUGCUGUAAUUCUUGUCUUUAACCAAGAGAUGAUUGUUUUCAGGUCGGAAAUUGCAUUUGUUCUUAGCACCUACAUGUGUUUACAUCACCACACCGAAUAUGCUAUAUAUUUUACUAAAGAAAAACUAAAUAAAUUCGCAACAAGGAACAGAAUACCUCUGCACAGGAAAUGGUUUCUGUUUGGUUUUAGAGACGACAUGAAAGUAGGCAUGACAAGCAAGUGCAUAUCAAAUGAAUAAUAGUACCAGGCAUGAGAUUGUACGAAUUUGAUUAAAAUGUAAGUGUUGUUGCCAUUUACUCUUCCUAUAAUAUGUGUUUUCAUUGUAGCAUCUUCAUAAGUACAAUUUCUGUACAUAUUAUGUACACCUGUAAUUAUGAGCAUGUAAAUAGAUAUACAUAGUGCUGACUCAAUCCUCUUGGCCACACCUGCAUGUAUCCAGCUUCUGUGGCUUAUUUUGUGUCGUGACUACAGUGACAUGGAGCCUCUAUUGCGUAGUUUACAGGUGUAUUUUGUGUUUGGCUGCUAAUUGAAGUACUUGCAAGUAUCUGCUUGUAUACAGACUAGACACACAACACUAUUUACCUGUAUGAUCUGUGAAAUGGCCCAACAGGUACAGGUGCUGUCACCAGUACUGUUGUGGAGCAGCAUAUAAAAAUGUGUUCCAUACCAUGUAUUUCCUGACUGAAAUGUGUUGCUUGAAAGGCAAAAAACACAUUAGCAUGAAAUGUUAGCAUGUCAGAUGAAAGACCAUUAAAUAUUCUUUAGAAAAAUAUUUUGAUUUAUUUUUUUUUUAAGAAUAUUUUUUUAAUGCAUUUAAACAAAUGCAUUUUAAACUUUGAAUUCUACUGUGGCCUUUUCUGACCAUAUUCGGACCAAUCAUGUCAUUUCAGCUUUUUGCCACUUGACACACAUCGAUUUCUGUAUUGCAUCAUUUAAAGUGCAUCUUCAUUUAGAGCUAUGAAUGCAUUCAACAAAUGGACCUUGAAGCAAACUAUUUCAAGCCAAAAAUAUUGCUGAGACGUCACUGAUACCCUCUUGGUCCCAACAGACCACCACAGAAUCCUGUGUUUUAAAUGCAUUUUAAUUGGUUAGAUAAAUUCUAAAAAAAUAAAACUAUUUUCCUGGACAGUGUUUAAUGGUCUUUCAUCUGAUAAAUAUUUUAGUUUUUUUUUUUUUUGCCUUUAAUGGCUGUUUUGACAUGUUUUCUUAAAGCAACUAAAGUUUAAUCUUUUUUAAUCUUUAAAUUUCAGUGAUUAUACAUAGCUGUAGGUCUGAUGAGAAAUUAUAGUCAUGAUUACAACUCCUGCAUGAUUUUACAACAGUUUCCGCAUAUCUGUUUAUUUCAGUUAAUGUGGUUACUACACCUUACAACCUGGCAAAGGUUUGAAGACAGAUUCUUAGUGCACCUGAAGAUUCCUAUAUUAGUGCUCUUGGAAUGUCCCACAAAACUUUAUUAACUGCUGCUAUACAGUUAUUUGUUAGAUUUUAGGUGUUCAGGGGAUUUUCUCUUCAUUUUUUGUCAUUUAAUUUUUUUCUGCAGUAUUUCAAUAUUUGUUUAUUUGUCCUUUUAUUUUUCGAAUUCACUACACCUGGUAUUUACAAAUAGGCCUGCGUGUACGUUUUUUAAAGUGCCAUUAUGUCUUAGCAUGUUUUGUGGGAAGUAGGUUAUGUGUAAUCCAACUAUUAGAUCUAUGUUAUGGACAUCGAGGGCUUAGGUUAUAAGGCUUACUGAGAAGUAUGUAUCCUAAACAGUCGAUAAGUGCCUGAUAUUCCAAUAAUUUGAAGCCUCCAGAAGUCCAUAUAAAUCCAAUGUAUUGUCCACAUUUGCAUUAAUAACACCCUGUACAUUGCUUUUUGCCAUGGUAGACUGAACACCCCUUGUUUAGAAUGCCAUGUGAGUGUUAACAAUAAAUAAAUAAUGUUUUUAGUUUUUCUGAAA